CGUCUAGGACUCUUUUAUGGCGCCUUCGAAUAUGUUUUCCUACCUUCGCCCUCACCACAAGCGCAAUGCCUCCAACCCGACCUCGCCGGACGCUGCCAACGCCCCAGCGAGCAGCCAUUUCUCCCCGCUGCAGUCGCCCGAGCACUUCUCCCCCUCGCCAAACCUGCAGUCAGCCUCUCCUGUCUCGCCGUAUCCUCCGAGCCUACCUCCAAUACCACGUGUGGCUUCGCAGUAUGGCCCAUCCCCGCUACCUACGUCCAAUUCGACUGCAUACCCGGGGCACAGUGAACACCCAGCAGAGGCAGGAUCACGGGAGAACAUAAGCCAGGGCAGAGGCCUGCGUCCAGCAAUGCAGACGGUCUCGUACGAUUCACUUCCGCAGAGCCAGGGGAGUCAGUGGGGCUCUUCAAAGCAUGACGAUGCUCCUACUGGGUAUAGGGCUGCCGGACAGCCACCUCAAGACCGGACUCGCGUUGAAGGGCAUGGAGAUCCCUACUCUGUGCCCGCAGUAGCAACGUUGGCGCCCUCAAACAGCUAUGCACUUCACUCCCAGUCGCAAUCUUCCCUCCAUGUCGGAUACAACGACAAGCAGUCGAGCUCAUCCAAGGCUUCGACGUCCGCUUCUACAGCCCACUCACAAAAGCCAGUGAAGUCUAGACUCAACCUGCGGAAUCCCAUGUCUCUUCUGAUGAGACGCCGCACAGGUCAGACAAUCGACACUCUUUCGGACGAGUCCUUGGUCACCCAUCGAAGCCAAGUGAUUCCCGCCAUGACGUUACCGGACGGCUACGAUCCAAGGAUUAGAGGAAACGUCGUUCAUGAUUUUAGCGCACCUAGACCAAGAAGAAACUUCUCCUACAACGAUGCUUACAGUAAUACCAAUAGGGACGCUGACCAGGCAGGGCAUCUGCAGAUCAAUCAGAGUGGACCGGCACACACCAGACAAUCAUCUGGAGACUACAGCCCGCCAAAAGUAGAAAGAGAACACACACCUGUAUUUCGCGAACAUUUUGAUGAGUCAUUGAGUCUCGAGGCCUCACAGGCCGCUGUCCGUGCAGAAACUCUGGCAAAUCGUGAUUUCGUGGCUAGAAAUUCAAUGCCGCCUCCACCUUCUCGCUCGCCGCCCCCUCCUCCUCCUGUAGCCAAAAACUCUCCGCUGCCUACUUCCCGACCUCCGCCUCUUCCAGCACUUCCGGACAGCUAUGUACCGCCGCCUGAGUCAUUUGAAUCGUCGAUGUUAUCCCCAGUUCAGGAGUCUACCAGUCCGACGAGCCCGACUUCCCCGGAACGCACACCCAGGAAGAGGAUUUCUACAAAAACACCUCCAUCGUCCCGCUCGCGAGCAACCUCAGUUACAGAUCCCUCGUUUGUGCCUGCCGGGCUACCCGCUCACCUCACCAGCAAGUCCUCGCGCUUCAGUUUUCAAAUAUCUGGAAACGACUCUGCGCAGGAAAGACUUCUAGAGGAGAGGCAUAAGCAAAAGGCUGCCGAAAAAGCGUCAAAACAGGCCCGUCUAUCCACCAACACCUUUGAGGAUGACUACGACGAAGACAUGUAUGACUACGACAUGGAUAAUGACUUCGACGAAGACAUUCCGAUGGUGGGUGGAGACGACUAUGACGAAAUGGACACAAUGUCUCCAGGAAUCGCUGCAUUUGACUUAUCAUCCCUCCGCCUACCACUUGAAAGUCCCGCCAUUCCGAACAUCACCGACGAAGACAUUGUGCAAACCCCCCGCGAUGCUGAGGGCAAUGCUAUUGGUUUCGCUCUUUCUGAUCAUACACCUCUAAACGUUCACCUACCCCCUCCUGGCCAGCAUCUUGGAGGAUCAGCAUACCCAAUAUCAGAAGCAAAGGGCUUAGGCCUUCUUGACGUCGAGAGCGAUGUCAGAAACGAGCCAUCUGAGGUCACACCUGCUGCAACCCCUGGUAAAACUGGUGCUCCCUCGAUGACGGCCAAUGGUAUGAUCGACAACACUGUUGGGGAUGAUUUGUACUUCGACGACGGCAUGAUCGAACCUCCUUCGCCCGGUGACGGAGACACUUUCGACGAGAAUAUAUUUGAUGAUCCAUCACAUCCCCUUUACGAGCGGCCGCUACGCUAUUCGUUACCGCCGUCUACAGAUCUUAAAAACGACCAACUAAAACUUACGAUCCCCAAGAACAACUCUGUUGUUGGCCAGCCCGCAAUUCAUGGUACAGAAGCUGAGCUGUCAAGCUUUCUUGGCCGUUCGGGUCCUGCUUUGACUCACCAUACAUCCAAGGCCCGCCAGCAGUCUUCUCCAACUUUCAUGAAUCUCGAAGCAUACCACAGCGCCCUAGCAGACGCAGCCCACAAAGCCGAGGCCGAUGGUCGUUUCCAGCGACAAGCAAGCGUGGACUUGGGCAGCCGGUCUGGCAUGGAGGAUGACGAAGACUCAAAUAGUCAUGGCUCUCAGCCAAGUCUCAUUCCUGACGACAGCCGGGUCAGCCAAGAAACGUAUGGCUUUCCGUCGGAAUAUGGCGCCGGCUCCGGCUUCAUCGAUGAUGAUAAUUACGAUUACAGUGACUACGACAGUGCUUUGGAAGACGAUCCCAUGAUAGCAGCUGCCAAUGCCGAAGCGCUGGCGAAUGAUGACGACGGAUUCUACGGUCAGGAAUUCGGAUUCUAUGCGUCUGCUCAGGGUGAGGCUCAGUUCGCCAACGGUGGAUACUUUGGACAAAGUGCUCUAGGACGGAGCGUUAGUGGUCGGAACGCAGUGCGCGAACCCAACUUAACGCCAAUCACUGAGCGCAGCGAGUACAGCACGCGUAAUUCAUACAUCAGUCUCAACCAUUUCCGACACGGCGACCAAGGGCUUCCUAGCCCCGGCAUUGCGCAGCUAGCCAGGAUGAGCCCUUACGGCUUUCCCGACGACGAUCCAGAUAUCAGCCUCAGCCAGCUUAUGAAACUGAGGAGGGGUGCGUUUGGUGGUAGCAAUGGAAGUCUGCGCAGCUCAUCCGGCACAUCCCCUCGGAAUUCCAGUCCAGUGGCAUUUCCGCAGUAUCCUCGUGGCGCGAGCCCAAUGGCAAAUUCCCAAACAUUCUACAGAGACGUUGAUAGUGAUGAUGCGCCGGUCCACAAAGAAGUCAACGAUGCUGGAUAUGAGGAGGAGGAUUACGAUGAAGCUCUGGACGCUGUGAACGCCGUCGACGAAGACUCGGACUCAGACUAUGGGAACAAUGGAGAGCAGGACGGCGAGGAACCAGAGAGAUACCAUGACAGCCCAACUUUGACAGCUUCGAAUUACGAUGUCUUGUCCAGUCCCCCUGGUAGCUCAGAAUCCAUGGGUAACCCAAACGUUUACCAGAACAAAGGCGUACCGCCUCCUUUGAGCCUCUCUACGUCUUUCUUCCAUCCUGUAGAACAUAUUCCUUCUAUGCCUCUGUCUGGGGCCCCACUUCCGAGUCAGCCUCUCAGUCUCACAUCGCCAAUCUCCGCCACAAGCCCCAUGACUCCUAGUGGAGGCUGGAAGCCAUCACACAGCCGCAAAGGCAGCACUGCCGACAGCGUGACGUACGUGCGCGAGCAGGACGAGAGUGGGAGUGACCGAUGGGUGCUAGAACGAAGGCGGACCGCUGAGACUGGUGAGUUAGAACUUGUCGGGAGAGAGUUUGUUGAAGGGGGUAGAAUCUAGGUUUAAAUGAGGUUUAUAUUUUGGAUCUGGAGGAUCUCUAAAGGAAUUGGGACAUCAAGCCCACAGGAGUCCAGUAUGAUCGUUUACGUUGACGUUGACGCGUUUCUAGGCUCUUUUUUCUUAUUGCUUGGAAGACGUUCGGAGUAAUACCCAAAUCAGCAUUGCAUGGCGUUAGCUUUUCGGUAUAUACAUUUGAAGCAGGAUGCCCGCGAAGACGCAUGGGCUUUGAUUUUCCACAUACAUUAUCUAGAUUUAUCACUAGAAACGCAAGCCUUCGAGCUCUAGCAAUGUUGAAGCUAUCAAACCUAAUCCAAACCAGAACGCGACGAUUUAAAACCAGCGUCAUCGGACUACCUAUUGGUGUCGUUUCACGAGACCUUGCACAUCUGCAUAGUAUUCAAAAGGUUCUACAAUCCAAGAUUCAUAAGUUUGAUAUUAUUACCACUCCUUCUCAGCCU